ACCGACGAAGUAAGUCUCGUUCUGGCUAUGCAGUUGUUCAAGGUCGUAGGCGAUGAAACGCGUAUCUGGUAUGGAUCCUCUACCGCGACUCCAUCGCAGCUUGAUCCCAGACUUGGACGCUGCAUGGAAACCUCCCGUCCUGUACUACGGCUGGUCGAUCGGCGAUCUCCUCCCAAAGCUCCUCGAAUACGCGGAAGAGCACAAGCUCACGAGAUACACCGUCAUCGGCUAUCUAAGAAAGCCUACGACGCCCUCCGGCGAGACAUUGUAUCUCUCUGACGACUCGGACGGCGAGAGCGACACGGGGAGCGUGCACUGGGGCGACGCAAAGGAUGAGGAGGAGGAGGAAGACGGCGAGGUUCGCGUUCAGCCGACUGUAUCCGCAGAGAGCGCUCUCUAUACCAUGGCGAAAGAGGCCGGUGUGAAUAUGCGUCAUCUGCCCGCCUCGAGGCAGCCCUUCCGCGUCCGCGGCGCGCUGCACGCCCCGCAUAAGCUCGUCAUCUCCGUCUACUCGAAUUAGCUUCCGAGCUGGGCUGGGCUCUCCCCGACGCCGAGGUCGAGAAGAUGCAGACGAAACUCGGGAUUCAAGAGGCGCCUGCAUGGUACGUGAGCAAUACCUACGCGACAUGGAGUACGGUUGCUCCCAGGUGGUGAU